AUGCUCCUCGGCUUUCUUAAGAUUUCCCUUGUACUCUUUUCCCUAAUGAUUCAUGACGUGUUAGGCGAUGAGCCCGCACCGGUCCGGGACUGUAUUCAUAAGCUGGCAUUAACUGGAAAUGGUAGAGCAGGAUGUACGGCUGCCGAUGGCCAUACGUAUGACUGCGCUGCUAAAUCUUGCUGGUGUCAAGGUCAUAAUUACAUUCGAAUGACUGAAUGUCAGCUCGUAGGAUCGCGCGAUAAAGGCUUUAGUACUCAAGACUGUGUUCAAACUGAAUGGAUACACAGUGACCUGACUAAGCAGUAUCGCACGUGUAUAAAUCCUAGAGGUGUACCCUAUAAUUGCGCUUUUAAUGCUCAUAAUAUUCCUCUCAAUAUCGGAUGUAUGGAUUGCAAAGCAUGA